UUGUACCUUUUACAAAUAGACUAUAGCUAUAAAAUUACACCUACAUAUUGUACAGUGAGAUACCGGUGUUUCACUGUACGCUAAUAAUAAUCAGUCACUGCUGACUGGUGGGUUGGUGAAACGUGUUUGUUUUUGUUUUAAACCUCCCUAUUCAAUUCGGCUUUUUUAAUUUGGAAUUUACUUUUAUGCAUUUAAACGCAGCACUUUCACGACAAACCCAAACCUGUGCGGGGUCGUUCCAGGUGUCGUACUUGUGGAUAAAACCAGAGAGUAAAAUGUCAUCUAAUGCAGCGAGGAUGUUGACUUGAGUGACUGAAAUCCGCACAAGGAAGUUGGCGGACAUGAUUAUUAUCCUUUGGAUGAUGACGUCACUUCUUUAUGUUCUCACAGCGAUGAGUGAACUUCCCCAACCUGUCAACAUUGCCCUAACUUCCAAUAAUUUUAUUCAUAUGCUAACAUGGGAGCCCGGGCUUGCCACACCUGAAGAUGUUUAUUACCAAGUCUUUUUCAUCACAGACACGGGAAUCGAUUGGAUCCCAGUGGCUUCCUGCCAGCAUGUGCAGCAACCUCUGGUUUGCAACAUGACCAAAGCCUUCUCCAACCCCAGUCUGGUCUACAUAACCCAAGUUGUAGCCAAGCUGGGACAUCAGGCCUCCCUUCCGACUAGCCACCCUGCUUUCCAGCCCAUAAAAGACACUUACUUGGACCUGCCGUUAAUGACCGUGGCUCCUUGUGGACACAAUGUGUGUGUGGAACUUCAGCCUCCAAUGCCGCACCUGAGGGACUUCUAUGAACCUCUGAGUUACCAACUCCGCGUCAAGAGCAGUGAUGCAGAAAGAGAGCUGGAAACCAAAUCUCUGAAGAGAGUCACUCUGGAGAACCUCGCUCCUGGUAAGGAUUACUGCAUCUCGGUCCGCUUCUUUGACAGCCUUGUCCCCAGGGUGUCCAACUACAGCAAAGCUCAAUGUGCCUUCAUCCCGAGUAUCUUUACUUCAGGGUUACCAAUCUUCACUGUGUUGUGUAUCAUAAUGAUCAUUGGCGUCAUCACUAUCAUCCUUUUGGUUUAUACCGGAUUCAUCUGUCGAAGAAAAAGACCUGUUCCCCGAGUUCUGACGUCAGUACCUCACAUUGAGGAGGUCCUGCUGCUUGUGCCCCAAAUCGCAUCCUUGUCUUCGUUCUUGGAGAAAGCACCAGUGCACUGUCCAGAUGAAGAAGUGUACUUUCACACUCCAAUCAGUAGGAUUGCCAAGAACUCUUCUGAAAACAGGAACAGUAAUUACAAAACAUGUCGGACUUCCAAACUUCUCUGUGGUUCCUUGUCUUCGUUUGAACAGCUGCCUGGCAGCUCUAUGGACUCAAAUUCUGGAACUUUCCCGUUAGGAUUUUCUAGCCCUCAGGCUCAAGUGUGGGAUUUGGACGACACGUCUUCAAACGCAGCAUCACAAGACUCCACAGCAAACAGAGACUUGAUUUCGGACUUUGUGUUGGACUUGGACCAAGAGACGCUAGAGUCAAUGGAACUGGAGAGUGGAGGCUUUGGAGAGACGGACAACCAGAAUGUUAACCUCCUCACAUUGGUUUUGGGCAGGAAUGUGGAGGAAAAUGAGGAGAAAAGCUUUUUGGACCAAUCAGAUGUGGAGCGCUUUGUCCAGAAAGAGCAUGACACCUUGCCAGUGACGGCCAGCGAGGAUCCCUUGGAAACAAUUCCCAGGUCUGUUGAGGAUGAAGAUGAACAGUCUGUUUACAUGAGACGUCCAUCUCCAUCUUUCUUGUAGAAUUUGUCUCCCUUUUUUCAUCAGCCGAUGAGAUUUCUUGUACAGUUGGUAGCUAGAGUCCUGAAACCGGUGGGGUUUUUUUGUCCAACACACUAAUUUUUUUUGCCAUCUUUGUAAGAUGUUUUUUAUAAAAACAUUGUUCCACAAUAAUCACGUUACUAAAAAGCUUUAGUUUUUCUAAUAACAUGUAAUUUAAUUAGUUACUUUUUAAUGUCCGUUACAACGCCGUAACUGAUACAUGUUAGUGUAACCUGUCACACUAUUUUUGAUGCAUAAAAGACAGAUUUACAAUCUCAGUAAAUUCACUUGAGAAAGUAGCUCUUCACUAGUGCAAGUGGCAGUCUCUGCAGACACACACACACACGCAUGCAAUACUACCAGUACUGGGGAAUAAUGAACAUUCAAUAAAGUGACAAUCAUCAACUACAAUAGUCCUACAAUAACACUUUUGUGGACACUGUUUAACGCACAUUGCAUCACUUUAUUAACUACCAGUAAAAAAACAACAAAAAAAAUAUUCCACCAAUCUCUUUCCAGUCCGCAGACUACCAAUGCUAAGCUAAAACAGCCAAUGAGCGUGCCAUGCCUGACAUCACACUUUAUUUGGCAACAGGCACCGCCUUAUAAAGGCAUACACUCACGCACUCUUCUCUCAUGAAACCUAUUUCAACUGCAGAGAUUAGAUCCAUCCAUCCAUUUUCUGCCGCUUAUUCCCUUUCGGGGUCGCGGGGGGCGCUGGCGAUUAGAUAUGACAGUUAAAUAUACAGUAACGCAUUCAUUGAUUUCCCCAGUAGUUGAUAACAUAAAGAAUAAUUCCAGUAGUAAUUUAAUGACUUUUUUGGGAAAGUAACAUCCAUCCAUCCAUCCAUCCAUCCAUUUUCUACCGCUUAUUCCCUUUUUGGGAUCGCGGGGGGCACUGGCGCCUAUCUUAAUUUACUUACUUUUUUUAAAAGUAAUUUUCAGAACCCUGAUCAUAGAAAAAUAGUAUGUGUUGUUUUGUUUGGAUAGCUGAGGAUACUUUGGAUUUAAAACAUACAGUUUUUGUAUGCCACACUUAUCUUUUUGGAAUGGAUCGAUAGUCGUACCUAACAUUUCCACAAAAUUGGAAUGUUAAAUCUGUUUAAGAAUUUAAGGUCUUUUAGACACUCCACACCAGCUUGUAAACAUUUCCUAUGCUCCUAAAACACUUCACACUCUAAAACCAAUGUAAUAUAAAUAUGAAAACUUAAAUAUCAAUGUACUCACCAACUCCAAUCAGCUAAAUUCUCACUCAAUAACUUCACGCUGCAAGGAUUUUGAGGCUAAAAAAGCACAAGGAAAAUGUAAUUGUGAACUAAUAGCACAAUGCUGGCGACGGUAGCCUAGCCAAUUAGUGAUUAGCAUGUACAAACCCCAUUUCCAUAUGAGUUGGGAAAUUGUUAGAUGUAAAUAUAAACGAAAUACAAUGAUUUGCAAAUCAUUUUCAACCCAUAUCCAAUUGAAUAUGCAACAAAGACAACAUAUUUGAUGUUAAAACUAAACAUUAUUUUUUGCAAAUAAUCAUUAACUUUAGAAUUUGAUUCCAGCAACACGUGACAAAGAAUUUGGGAAAGGUGUCAAUAAAUACUGAUAAAGUUGAAGAAUGCUCAUCAAACACUUAUAUGGAACAUCCCACAUGUAUCCAGGCUAAUCGGGAACAGUUGGGUGUGAAGAUUGGGUAUAAAAGCAGCUACCAUGAAAUGCUAAGUAAUUCACAAACAAGGAUGGGAUGAGGGUCACCACUUUGUAAGCAAAUUGUCAAACAGUUUUAGAACAACAUUUCUCAGCGAGCUAUUGCAAGGAAUUUAGGGAUUUUACCAUCUACGGUCCGUAAAAUCAUCAAAAAGUUCAGAGAAUCUGGAGAAAUCACUGCACGUAAGCCAUGAUAUUGAUCCCUCAGGCGGUACAGCAUCAAAAACCGACAUCAGUGUGUAAAGGAUAUCACCACGGGGGCUCAGGAACACUUCAUAAAACCACUGUCAUUAACUACAGUUGGUCGCUACAUCUGUAAGUGCAAGUUAAAACUCUACUAUGCACAGCCAAACCCAUUUAUCAACAAUAUCCUGAAAAGCCGCCGGCUUGACUGGGCCCGAGCUCACCUAAGAUGGACUGAUGCAAAGUGGAAAAGUGUUCUGUGGUCUGACGAGUCCACAUUUCAAAUUAUAUUUGGAAACAGAGGAUGUGGUGUCCUCCAGAACAAAGAGGAAAAUAACCAUUUGGAUUGUUAUAGGCGCAAAGUUCAAAAGCCAGCAUCUGUGAUUGUAUGGGGUGUAUUAGUGCCCAAGGCAUGGGUAACUUACAUAUCUGUGAAGCCACCAUUAAUGCUGAAAGAUACAUACAGGUUUUGGAGCAACACAUGUUAUCAUCCAAGCAACAUUAUCAUGGACGCCCAUGCUUAUUUCAGCAAAACAAGUGUUACAACAGUGUGGCUUCGUAAAUAAAGAGUGUGGGUACUUUCCUGGGCCGCCUGCAGUCCAGACCUGUCCCCCAUCGAAAAUGUGUGGCGCAUUAUGAAGCGUAAAAUACGACAGCGGAGACCCUGGACUGUUGAACGAUUGAAGCUCUACAUAAAAAAACAAUGGGAAAGAAUUCCACUUUCAAAGCUUCAACAAUUAGUUUCCUCAGUUCCCAAACGUUUAUUGAGUGUUGUUAAAAGAAAAGGUGAUGUAACACAGUGGUGAACAUGCCCUUUUCCAACUACUUUGGCACGUGUUGCAGCCAUGAAAUUCUAAGUUAAUUAUAUUUGCAAAAAAAAAAACUUAAGUUAAUGAGUUUGAACAUCAAAUAUCUUGUCUUUGCAUUCAAUUGAAUAUGGGUUGAAAAGGAUUUGCAAAUCAUUGUAUUCCGUUUAUAUUUACAUUUAACACAAUUUCCCAACUCUUAUGUAAACAGGAUUUGUACAAAAGAUGCAUUGAACACUAUUGGAGACAUGCAGCAGUUAGAUUGAAUAUACAUGAUACUGUGAAUGUAACACUUAAGGUGUUUGUGAGCAAAGCCAUGUAGAUGCAAAUGACUUGACUUGGCGGACUUCUUCUACUUCUGGUUGAAAGCUAGUAACAGAGGAAAAGUCACUGUAAUAAACGGGAUACCUGCAAUGAGUACAAAUGGGUGCUGUUGCUACAAACAAUGACUCCAACACUGCAUUACACUGAUCGCAUAACUGUACACAAGAGUACUUUAAGGGUCUUAAUGCACUGUGACUGUAAUAAAUGAUACACAAAGUG